CCACCCCGCUCCCGGCAUCCCCCGCGGCGCGCGCGUCCCUGCCCUUCACAGUAGCCAAGAUGGCGACGGCCACUCGCCUUAUCCAGCGCUUCCGCAACUUCUUAGCGGGGCGGGACCUCCAGGCCAAGCUGGCGCUGCGCUACGACGAGAUCUCCAAGAGAACCCAGCCGCCGCCUCGGCUCCCGGUGGGUCCCAGCCAUAAGUUCGCCAACAACUAUUACUGUAGCCGGGACGGGCGGCGAGAGUCUCUCCCGCCUAUCGUGGUCGCGACAGCGCAGAAGACCAUCGCUGCGGGGGCUCAAGCUGGCAGUUCAGGCUCUGCAGUGACAACGGCUGAGAAAAAACCGGUAACACCAGGACCAGUACUUAAGAAGUGGGAAAUUUCAAAAGACCAGCCCUAUUUGUGAGAAAUAAACAUGACGAGGCUGGAUGUGCAGGUCAGAGUUUGUUAUACAGCAGCACUCUGAUGGGGAGGCUUGUGGCGGAUUUUGCUACAGCGAUGUGGUGUGGAACUUGUCCUAGUGCUGCUGAUGCAUAACUAAUAAAUAUAUUUAAAGCUGUGACUAUUCCCCACACCA